CGUCAAUCGCUGGGGUUACCUGAUGCAUUGGCAGGAAUAUGUGUCUCCCAGGUAGAGGGUAAAGAUCGGGUAAUUUUUGACCGGGUCAUUGAUAACUGUGGCGAGCAGCUUGAGUACACUUGCUGUCCGUUGUCUGCACUGUGAAUGCACAAUGUUGGCGACACUCCUUCAGCGGUGGAAAGUACAGCACAGACCUGCUCCGAUUAUUAGUGUCUCAGAAAUAUCGUGCUUCGGCUGCCGCUUAUAUUUCAUCGUUCACAGGAAGGCACGUUUUCAAUUACGAGGGGUUGAGCUGCCUCGGCAUUUCACUGUGACUGGAGCACAUAACACUCUGUACGUACCAUGGGUUUCGCCGGACUUGAGAUCCAUCGAUCCUAUUCUACACGCUGGCGUCCAGCAACAACUGUUGAUGUUGGUACAAGAUGUGUCUAGGGUGCAUGUAAAAGGUCGUCGCCAAUACCCGAAGAUCACCGCGUUUCUGCAAGAGGACGGUGAGGUCAUGGAAGUAUUGCCUUUCAAGGAUAUUCUGAGGGACGGGAGGGCCAAAAGGCCUUAGGAGACGGCACAACUUUCGUCGCUGGCUUGUGUAGUUGUAGUUCUUGUCACAAACCAGGUCAACGGCUUCCGAGGAAGGAGAUUUGUAGGAGCUGAGGCUUCGCUGACGAGAAGAAAG